AUGUGGACAACAACCUCCGGCCUCCGGGGCAAGAAGCUCCAUCUGGCUAUCACCUUCACAUCCGUCAUCGGCUUCUCGCUGUUCGGUUAUGAUCAGGGUCUGAUGUCUGGUCUUAUUUCUGGUGACCAGUUCGUCAAGGAGUUCCCUGUCCUCGAUGGUGACUCUCUGCAUGUCUCUGUCUUACAAGGUGCUGUCACCUCUUGCUACGAAAUUGGUUGUUUCUUUGGUGCUAUCUUUACCCUCCUCUUCGGUCAGCGCAUCGGUCGUACUCCCCUGCUAGUCGGCGGUGGUGCCUUGAUGGUUGUCGGUACUGUGAUCUCUACUGCUUCAUUCGGUCCUCAUUGGGGCUUGGGUCAGUUUGUUAUCGGCCGUGUCAUUUCCGGUGUUGGAAAUGGUAUGGACACUGCCACUAUCCCAGUGUGGCAGUCCGAGUGUUCGCGUGCCCACAACCGUGGUUUCCUCGUCUGCUUCGAGGGUGCUAUCAUCGCUGUCGGUACCUUCAUCGCCUACUGGAUUGAUUUCGGUCUCUCCUACGUUGAGAGCUCGGUCCAGUGGCGUUUCCCUGUUGCUUUCCAGAUCCUUUUCGCCUUGCUCGUCGUCAUCGGCGCCCUGAUGCUGCCCGAGUCGCCUCGUUGGUUCAUCAUGAGCGGCAAGACUCAGGAAGCACUCCACGUUCUGGCCCAGCUCAACGACAGCUCUGAAGAUGCUGACGACGUGCUCCGGGAUUUCAACCUCAUGCAGGCUGACCUGAAGUCUCUCGAGAAUGCCGAAGCCAGCAGCUGGAAGACACUGUUCACUUUCGGCAAGACUCAGGAGUUCCAGCGUAUGAUGAUUGGUUGCUCUGGUCAGUUCUUCCAGCAGUUCACUGGUUGCAACGCCGCUAUCUACUACUCCACGCUUUUGUUCAAGAACAACUUGCACAUGACCGGCAAGCUCCCUCUUGUUCUGGGUGGUGUCUUCGCCACAGUCUACGCGCUUGCUACUAUUCCAUCCUUCUUCAUGGUUGAGAAGGUUGGUCGCCGUAAUCUGUUCCUGAUUGGAUUCCUUGGCCAAGGUCUCAGUUUCAUCAUCACCAUGGGCUGCCUGGUUGAUGACACCACGCAGAAUGCCAAGGGUGCUGCUGUCGGUAUCUUCCUCUUCAUUACCUUCUUUGCUUUUACUACCCUUCCUCUACCCUGGAUCUACCCCCCCGAGAUCAACCCUCUCCGAACCCGUACCAUGGCUGCCUCAGCUUCGACUUGUGUCAACUGGAUUUGCAACUUUGCCGUCGUCAUGUUCACCCCCGUUUUCUCUAACAAGAGCGCCUGGGGUAUCUAUCUGUUCUUUGCUCUCGUCAACUUUAUAGCCAUUCCCUUUGCUUGGUUCUUCUACGUCGAGACCGCCGGACGUGACUUGGAGGAAGUUGACAUCAUCUUCGCCAAGGCCCAUGUCGAGAACAAAUGGCCCUUCCAGAUCGCCCAGCAGAUGCCCAAGCUCACUCACGAGGAGAUUUCUCAACAGCUCUUUGAUCUUGGUCUAUCUGUCUCGGACCACAGCGCUUCAUCUGAGUCCGAAAAGGUGGAGAUUGCGGCCACCAACAAUGAGCACAGGACCGCAUCUGAUUAA